UGCGUCAGCAAGCGGCAAGGCGCGAGUUUUGGAAGUGGGCAAGGGCGGGGAGGCGGUGGAGCCGGGCAAGUGGGGUUUGGCGCUUCUCCGACAGGGAAAGUUCCCUGAUAUGUGCAGCAAUGGACCAGAAGAUUUUAUCACUAGCAGCAGAAAAAACAGCUGGCAAACUGCAGGAAUUUCUCCAAGUUCUGAAAGAUGAUGAUCUGACUGGUCUCCUUCAGAAUCAGGCCUUGAAAGGGAAAGCCGCCGCACCGCUCCUGAGAGCCAUCUUCAAAGGUUCUCCCUGUUCUGAGCAAGCUGGAGCCCUCAGGAGGCGCAAGUUGUACACUUGCUGUAUCCAGUUGGUGGAAUCUGGAGAUUUGCAGGAAGAGGUAGCAUCUGGAAUCAUAGGACUGCUGAUGCUGGAGGCUCACAAUUUGUCGGGACCUUUAUUGGUUGAAUUAGCCAAUGAGUUUAUUCUUGCUGUCGAAGAGGGUGGACUAAAGAAUGGGAAAUCUUUGGAGUUGUUACCUGUCAUUUUCACUGCCCUUGCUACCAAAGAGGAAAAACUAGUUUACGGAAAAGGUGAGCUGAGUGGAGAAGGAUGUAAGACACAGUUGAUCGCCGCCCUCUGUUCUGGCCGAUGGGAGCAGCAAUACAUAAUCCAGCUCACCUCUAUGUUCAAGGAUGUCCCUCUGACUGCAGAAGAGGGGGACAUUGUGAUUGAAAAAGUGUUGAAGAUGUUCUCUAAAAUGAAUCUUCAAGAAAUACCACCUCUGGCCUAUCAACUUCUGAUUCUCUCCUCAAAGGGAAGUAGAAAGAGAGUGUUAGAAGGAAUCGGCUUCUUCAACGAGCUGGACAAACAGUGUAAAGAGGAACAGGGUGGUGAUGCUGAGCUCUUGGAUCUUGUUACCAUGCCAUCAGGUGAACUUCGCCAUGUGGAAGGCACUGUUAUUCUACACAUUGUAUUUGCCAUCAAAUUGAACUAUGAUUUAGGCAAAGAACUCCUGAAACACUUAAAGGCUGGACAACAAGGAGAUUUCUUUAGUGUCUGUCCCUUCAGCAUUGCCCUCCUGCUCUCUGUAACAAGAAUACCAAGAUUUGAGGAACAGGUGUUUGACCUUUUAAAGGCUUCUGUUAUAAAAAGCUUUAAGGAUCUUCAGCUUCUCCAAGCUUCAAGAUAUCUUCAGAAUCUAGUCCCACACAGAUUUUGUUUCUCAAACAUGAUCAUGGAAGUGGUAAAAAAUAGUGUUCAUAGUUGGGAUCAUGUUACUCAGGGCUUAGUAGAAUUUGGCUUCAUCUUAAUGGAUUCAUAUGGGCCAAAGAAGAAUUGUGAUGUCAAGCCUAGUGAAACAUGCUUAGGACUUUCUAAAAUGCCAAACCAGUAUGCCUGUAACCUUGGGAAAAAUAUCCUUUUGGAAACAUUUAAGAUCCAUGAGAUGAUCAGACAAGAAAUUCUGGAGCAAGUCCUGAACAGGGUUGUUACUAGAGCCUCCUCUCCCAUUGGCCAUUUCUUAGACCUGCUUUCAAAUAUCAUCAUGUAUGCACCCUUAGUUCUUCAGAGCUGUUCUUCUAAAGUCACAGAAUCUCUGGACUAUUUGUCUUUUCUUCCCCUUCAAACUGUGCAAGGGCUACUGAAAGCAGUGCAGCCCCUUCUCAAAGUCAGCAUGUCAAUGAGAGACUCUCUGAUCAUUGUCCUUCGAAAAGCCAUGUUUGCCAGGCAGCUUGAUGCCCGAAAAUCUGCAGUGGCUGGGUUUUUGCUCCUCCUGAAGAAUUUUAAGGUUCUGGGCAGCUUAUCCUCCUCUCAGUGCAGCCAGUCCAUUGGUGUAAGCCAGAUUCACGUGGAUGUUCAUAGCCGUUACAAUUCUGUCGCCAAUGAAACUUUCUGCCUUGAGAUCAUGGAUAGCUUGAGGAGAUGCCUAAGCCAGCAGGCUGAUGUUCGACUCAUGCUUUAUGAGGGGUUCUUUGAUGUCCUUCGAAGGAACUCUCAGCUUGCUAAUUCAGUCAUGCAGACUCUGCAUUACCAGUUAAAGCAGUAUUAUGAGCCUCAACCAGAUGUGCUGCCUCCUCUGAAACUAGAAGCUUGCAUUUUGACCCAAGGAGAUCAGACCUCUCUACAGGAACCACUGGAUCAUCUGCUGUGUUGUGUUCAGCACUGUUUGGCCUGGUAUAAGAGUAGAGUGUUGCCCCUUCAGCAGGAGGAGGAGGCAGAGGAAGAAGAAUUCUACCAAGACUUGGAUGAUAUGCUGGAGUCUAUUACCAGUAGAAUCAUUAAGAGUGAACUGGAGGACUUCGAAUUGGAUAAAUCAGCAGACUUUUCUCAGAACACUGGUACUGGCAUUAAAAAUAACAUCUGUGCUUCUCUUGUAAUGGGCAUUUGUGAGGUUCUAAUAGAAUAUAAUUUCUCCAUAAGUAAUUUUAGUAAGAGUAAAUUUGAAGAGGUUCUCAGCUUAUUUAUGUGUUAUAAGAAGCUCUCUGACAUCCUUAAUGAAAAAACUGGAAGAGGCAAAAUUAAAACAGCCAGCAAAACAAAUGAUAGUUUCUUGUCUAUGAAGUUUGUGUCUGAUCUUCUCACCGCUCUUUUCAGGGACAACAUCCAAAGCCAUGAGGAGAGCCUAUCUGUUCUGCGGUCCAGCAAUGAAUUCCUGCGUUAUGCUGUGAGUGUGGCUCUGCAGAAGGUGCAGCAGCUGAAGGAAGCAGGGCAUGUGAGUGGCCCCGAUGGCCAGAACCCAGAGAAGGUCUUUCAGCACCUGUGUGACAUAACUCGGGUCUUGCUGUGGAGAUACACUUCAAUUCCUACUUCUGUGGAGGAGUCAGGAAAGAAAGAGAAAGGAAAGAGCAUCUCACUGCUGUGCUUGGAGGGUUUGCAGAAGAUAUUCAGCACUGUGCAGCAGUCCUAUGAGCCCGAGAUCCAUCACUUCCUCAGGGCUCUUGAUGUCACAGAUAUGGAAGGAGAAGAGGAAGCCAGUGUCACUCAACGAGCAGCCUUCCAGAUCCGACAGUUUCAGAGGUCCCUGAUGAAUUUGCUUAGCAGCCAAGAAGAAGACUUUAACAGCAAAGAAGCCCUCUUGCUAGUCACCAUUCUCACCAACUUGGCCAAGCUGCUGGAACCCUCUUCCCCUCAGUUUGUGCAGAUGUUAUCCUGGACAUCUAAAAUUUGCAAGGAGUACAGCCUCGAGGAUGUCUCAUUGUGCAAAAGCUUGAUGAAUUUGCUCUUCAGCCUCCACGUUGUAUGCAAGAGUCCUGUCGUCCUCCUGCGUGACUUGUCCCAGGAUAUCCAUGGGCACCUUGGAGACAUAGACGAGGAUGUAGAAGUGGAGAAAACAAACCAUUUUGCAUUAGUGAAUGUGAGAACAGCUGCCCCCACUGUCUGUUUAGUUGUUCUGAGUCAUGCUGAGAGGAUCCUGGAAGAAGUGGACUGGCUAAUCAUCAAACUUAAGGCACAAGUGAACCAAGAAACCACAUCAGACGCAGCCUCUUCUCAAACUACACCAACUCAUCCCAUUGAGAAAGCCGUCAUCAUGCAGCUGGGAACACUCCUUACAUUUUUCCACGAACUGGUACAAACAGCCCUUCCAUCAGGCAGCUCUGUGGACACACUGUUGAAGGGCCUGUGCAAAAUGUACACCAUUCUGACUGCGCUUGUAAGAUACUAUCUCCAGGUAUGUCCGUGCUCUGGAGGAAUUCCAAAAAACAUGGAAAAGUUGGUGAAGCUGUCAGGUUCUCAUCUUACCCCUCUGUGCUAUUCUUUCAUUUCUUAUGUGCAGAACAAGGAGAGUAAAAGCCUAAAGUACACAGAAGAGAAGACAAAGGAGAAACCUGUGUUUGCCUCCAUCAUGGCCAGAGUUUUGCGAGAGACCAAGCCAAUCCCUAACCUUAUCUUCGCCAUUGAACAAUAUGAAAAAUUUCUCAUCCAACUAUCUAAGAGGUCCAAGGUCAAUCUGAUGCAGCACAUGAAACUCAGCACCUCCAGGGACUUCAAAAUCAAAGGGAACAUUCUGGAGAUGGUUCUGCGGGAGGAGGGCCAUGAAGAGGGCACUGCUUCAGAGCAAGAGGAACAGAACAACGAGCCAGCCAAGAAGAAAAGGAAAAAAAAUGCCUGAGUUAAUGUGAGCUUUGGGGGCUUCUGCUGUCCUCUUAUCCCAUCGGACUCACUGUGCAGAAAGCUUGCA